AUGUGGCUAUCACUGACUCUUUGCUCACUGCUGGUCAUAAGUUAUGUGAAAGCAGCUCCACAACCUGGAACCACCAGAAAUGUUGACCUCCUCAUGCCCAAGGUGAAACCACAGCAGCCAGACACAUAUUUGUGCAGAGCCACCAGAGUUGAGGACGCCCACAUGUAUAUAAGGGGUUAUAUCCCAAAAGCUGACUCCACAAUAGCACAUCAUAUUUUGUUGUAUGGCUGUUUGGUGCCAGGAGCUACCGAAGGGGAAGUUUGGGACUGUGGUGAGAUGUCAGCAUCGACUUCAAGCUAUAUGCAUGGUUCUGUAUGUCAAGAAGGAACCAACAUCCUAUAUGCCUGGGCAAUGGAAGCUCCUCGCCUCAAUCUUCCUGAAGAUGUUAGCUUUGAGGUGGGGCAGGAUACACCAAUCAAAUACUUAGUUUUGCAGGUGCACUACAAAAAUGUGACCAAGUUUCUCUCCCCUCAAAAUGGAGAUGAUAGUUCUGGUCUGACACUGCAAGUAACUAAUGUUCCAACCUCAAAACAAGCUGGUGUCUACCUGAUGGACACUGAUGGUUACAUUCCUGCUCAUUCAAUUGAAUAUUUUGAGACUGCCUGCAACUUUGAUGAAGAUGCAGAAAUAGUACCUUUUGCUUACAGAACACAUGCCCAUGCAUUAGGUCGUGUUAUCUCGGGUUACCGCAUCCGUGAUGGUGAAUGGACAGAGAUUGGUCGGAAAGAUCCAAGACUGCCUGAGAUGUUCUACAAUGCAACAAACCAAAUGACCAUUAGAAAAGGGGAUAUUUUG